GUGAAUUAGCGUCACUUCCGUGAAGCUUCCUAUUGGCUGCUACGAUUAGCCAAAAGUAGUGAAGUGAGGGACAAAAACAUUUUGUUGUUUGUGAAGUAUGAGGUUCUUUAAGGACGUUCUGGUUGGGUCUAACUACUACUAAUCUCAGGUCAUUUCAGAGCAGACAUGAGGCUGUGCUCAGCUCUUCUCCUCUGCCUGGCUGCAGCUGUGACCUCAGCCUAUGUGGUCUCACCCAGAAAAAUGUGGACCAAACUGAUUCUGACUCAGCAGUGGCCCCAGACAUUUUGCUCUAUGGAACACUGUCAUCCCAACAUCAGUCACUGGACACUGCAUGGACUCUGGCCAGAUUCAGGGAUGGACUGCAACAACUCAUGGGCUUUCAACUCUUCUGAGAUUGCGGAUUUGCUUCCUGACAUGAACAAAAGUUGGCCUAACUUACUUCAUCCCUCGUCCUCUGGUUUCUGGAAGUACGAGUGGCACAAACACGGCACGUGUGCUGCACGAGCCGAGUCUCUCAACAGUCAACAUAAGUACUUCAGCAAAGCACUGGAACUGUACCACAAACUGGACCUGGACAGCAUCCUGAGCAAGUUUGGGAUCAUACCUUCAGAAAAAUACUACACAUUUGCACAAAUUGAAGGAGUCAUUGAAAAUUUCUACGGUGUUAAACCUAAGAUUCAGUGUUUUCACCCAUCGAAGCAUCAGCCAAAUGCUGAUACCCAGGUUUUGGGACAGAUUGAAAUCUGUUUCAGCCCCGACUUCACCCUGAUGGACUGCGAGAAAAAGCAGGACUGGGACAAGUACUGGGCUGUGGACAAGCAGUCUGGGUUCAGUGUGUGUGACCAUCAUAUACCAGUGUGCUACCCAUUGGCUUCGUAGAGCGUAUACAUGUUUACACUGAACUGCAGGUUAGCAUCUGGCGUGUACUGGAAUUGGAAGCCAUGCUCACAUACACUCCCUGUAAUUUUUUUGCUUCAGGAAAUCAACAUCCUAAUUUAAAAAAAUCCUCCUAGAUUUACAGUGGAUGUAGAUUUACUCUAAGGAAACACUGUAGUACUUAAAUCAGUUAUCUUGAUUACCUUAUCUUGAUUUUUUUUUUUUUAGGGGGGGGUUGUCAUUGAUCUGUGGUUUUAAAGGGGUUAAAACUAGGCGACCAGUCAACUAGCUGUAGCAAACCUAGCAUUAGACAGACCAUGGCAUCGUUAGGUCUGAUAUUUUAAACUGCCAACACAAAUCAUAGACUGUAUGUAAUUUAAAAGGACAAAGGUGAUUAAUUAACCCUUGAAAUGUCCUCUCUAACACCAACGCCCUUUGAUCCCUAGAAAUGACCACUUCAGUGUAACAUCUAUGGUCUAAUGCCACUCCUACUUGUCACUACAUAAAAGAAUAACUAGAAAAAGAAAGAACACAUUUUUUUGUUAAGUUUUAUUUUGGGUUAGAAGAAGUCGGAGGUCAACCCAAGGGUUAAGCUUUUAGAGGAAGUAAAAAUAAUAAUCAAAGAAAAAGGCACGUUCACCGGCUUCAGUAUUUCACACAGCUGGGGCCUUGUUAAAGCACUUAGUGCUGAGUCAAUUUAUUAUAUACAAUCUAUUACUUAUAAUCAUCUAAUGCUAGUUUUGGUUUGUGACACUAUAUCAACUACCUGAUUUAAAAAUGUAAACACAAUCGUACCUCAGUAUGUUUAUGUUUUUGUUUGUUUUGUUUUUUUUGUUGCAGUUUUUUUUCUUUAGGUAUACAGACAUCUAGAAAAGCAACAAACAUUAGUUCCUCUUCAGUUUAAUUCAAAUGGAGCUGCUUUAGAGAAACUCUUUCUCUCUUUACUUGAACUCAUGUAGAUUUUAAACUGAAUAAAGCAUGUUCCAAUUGGUC